AUGGCACGAAAGUUAAUCGAACUUGUUCGCCAAAAUGUGGAGUUGUAUGACAUGAGCUGCAAAAAAUACAGUGACACUUUGUUUAAAGAAGAAAUAUGGAAGAAAAUUGGAUUGGCUAUCGGUCGCCCAGGAAGCGACUGUAGACUUCGUUGGGUGUCACUUCGUGACCAGUUCCGAAAAGUCAUUCGGAAUAAGACGAAGAGUGUGCAGGCUGCUACUUAA